AUGUCCAGGUCUUUUGUCCCUCGGCGGACGCCGUUCGCCAGCCAACGCUAUGUCUCCGCGCUCGCCGACUUCCUAGGGUGCCGACUUCUCCCUUUCCGCCCCAGCGCGGCAUGUUUGCUUCUGAACAGGUUAUCUGGGAACAAAGCAGGUCAAGUCUGGGCACCCGAAGGAUCUACUGCUUUCAAGUGUCUGCUUUCAGCAAGGUUAUGUGCUGCUCUUCUGAGCAACAUCUCUGACUGUGAUGAAACAUUCAACUACUGGGAGCCAACACACUACCUCAUCUAUGGGGAGGGGUUUCAGACUUGGGAAUAUUCCCCAGUAUAUGCCAUUCGCUCCUAUGCUUACCUAUUGCUUCAUGCCUGGCCAGCUGCAUUUCAUGCAAGAAUUCUACAAACUAAUAAGAUUCUUGUCUUUUACUUUGUGCGAUGUCUCCUGGCUUUUGUGAGCUGUAUUUGUGAGCUUUACUUUUACAAGGCUGUAUGCAAGAAGUUUGGGCUGCAUGUGAGUCGAAUGAUGCUAGCCUUCUUGGUUCUCAGCACCGGCAUGUUUUGCUCAUCAUCAGCAUUCCUUCCUAGUAGCUUCUGUAUGUACACUACAUUGGUAGCCAUGACUGGAUGGUAUAUGGACAAAACUUCCAUUGCUGUGCUGGGAGUAGCAGCUGGGGCUAUCUUAGGCUGGCCCUUCAGUGCAGCUCUUGGUUUACCCAUUGCCUUUGAUUUGCUAGUCAUGAAACACAAGUGGAAGAGUUUCUUUCAUUGGUCGCUGGUGGCCCUAAUACUCUUUCUGGUGCCUGUGGUGGUCAUUGACAGCUACUAUUAUGGGAAGUUGGUGAUUGCACCACUCAACAUUGUUUUGUAUAAUGUCUUUACUUCCCAUGGACCUGAUCUUUAUGGUACAGAACCCUGGUAUUUCUACUUAGUUAAUGGAUUUCUGAAUUUCAAUGUAGCCUUUGCUUUGGCCCUCUUGGUCUUACCACUGACUUCUCUAAUGGAAUACCUGCUGCAGAGAUUUCAUGUUCAGAAUUUAGGCCACCCAUAUUGGCUUACCUUGGCUCCAAUGUAUACUUGGUUUAUAAUUUUCUUCAUCCAGCCUCACAAAGAAGAGAGAUUUCUUUUCCCUGUAUAUCCACUUAUAUGUCUCUGUGGCGCUGUGGCUCUUUCUGCACUUCAGAAAUGUUACCACUUUGUGUUUCAACGAUACCGCCUGGAGCACUAUACUGUGACAUCGAAUUGGCUGGCAUUAGGAACGGUCUUCCUGUUUGGGCUUUUAUCAUUCUCUCGCUCUGUGGCACUGUUCCGAGGUAGACGUCUGGGAAUAUCUUAACCCACACUGAUGAGGCACUUCACC